UAUCCAACUCGGUAUCCAUAUAAUCUGCCAUUGGUUUGAUCAUGUCCAAAUCUCUAUAUAAACCAUAAAGCUUCAACCCAUUUCUUGAGCCAAAAACCUAAAGAAAACACUAAAUAUACCAAUGUUUCGCCUUGCUUUCGUCCUCUCUUUGCUAGUAACCCUAGCAGCCAUUCAAGGCAACCAAGCUGUGGACUACACCGUAACCAACAACGCCGGUUCUACUGGCGGUGGCGCCCGCUUCACCAGAGAUAUUGGAGUGGACUACAGCAAGCGAGCCCUACCAGCUGCUACAGAUUUCGCGUGGAGGGUUUUCCAACAAGAUAAUCCUGCAGAUAGAAAAAAUGUAAAAAAAGUGAGCUUGUUCAUAGACAUUAUGGAUGGCGUUGCUUAUGCUACUAACAAUGAAAUCCAUGUUAGCGCAAACUAUUUAGGAAACUACUCUGGUGAUGUGAGAAAGGAGUUCACAGGUGUACUUUACCAUGAAAUAACUCACAUAUGGCAAUCCAACGGGCAUGGGCAAACCCCUGGAGGAUUGAUUGAAGGGAUUGCUGAUUUUGUAAGGUUGAAGGCUAACUAUGCACCUCGCCAUUGGGUGCAGCCAGGGAAGGGUGAUAGGUGGGAUCAAGGGUAUGAUAUUACAGCAUGGUUUUUGGACUACUGCAACGGUCUUAGAAAUGGGUUUGUGGCUGAGCUUAACAAGAAGAUGAAAAAUGGUUAUAGUGCUCAGUACUUUGUUGAUCUACUAGGGAAGUCCGUUGAUCAGCUUUGGAAUGACUACAAGGCCAAGUAUGCAAAAUAGGGCGUGCAAUUUGGUUAAUGGCUUAAUAAAAUGUUUGUGUUUUCCUUCUAAUUAAGCUAAGUUCAUGUUGAUAAACUACCGUUAUCUUCACAGCAUAGUGCUCUAUCGUUAAAAAUAAAUAAAUGAAAUAAAUAUUGUGUA